AUGUCAGAGCCUAUAUCGGAGACUGUUCUGGGCAGAAUCGAAAAAUUACCAACAGAGCUCAUAGAUCACAUUGUCGAGGCCAGUCUUUUCUCUGAACCUCUUGGAUCACAUGAUGCAUUACAUACUCUCCAAGCCUUUUGCCAAGAGGAAAAGGACUCGAUCUUCAAAAGCAGGAUCCAUGCUGUUCUUAAAAGCCAUUCAAUUCGAAAGAGAAUCGAGACUAGUUGGAAACUCUGCCCUAACUUUAACCAUACGAAGACUUGUCGGCAUACUUUCGAUAAAACCGCUCCGCAUGAUUUAGCUUCAAAAACUAUUGUUAAUUGCGCUCAGUGCUUUUUAUUCCUACUUGAUCAUCAAACAAUUCGCGCUUCCUCUUUUUGUCAGGAUGGACAGAGUUUCUAUCUAAUUGCAGCCAAAUCAGAGGACCUUGGUGUGAUAAGACGAAUACUAUCCUCGAUAAAGAUCCAAGAGCUCUUUAAACCUGCUUCAGUGAAUAGAGGAAAUAGUGAAUGCAAAUCGAUAUUGCAACUCACUACCUCGAAUGCCCAAUCGUUCCAGUGUUGCUGGGAACGGCUUCGAUUGCGACCCGAAAUCAGUUUAUCCAGUCUUAGGCCAAGCGAGAUAAGGGAGCUGUGCCGAUUUGCUGAUAUAGAUCUGGCAAGUAACCUGCUAGAUCGAGGCGUGGAUCUAGGGAUGCCUGACGCAAACAACGGAUUUACGAGUUGGCAUGCGCUCUUACACCAGCAGAACCCAGAGCCAAUGUUAGAUUGGUUUAAGGGCCGUGGCUUGGAGCCUCCAGAAGAUCUCUUGACCUAUGCUACGACAGACAACCACGUGGACGCAGCUAGAUGGAUCUUACACCAUUCCGUAAGCUAUGAAGAUUGGCGCAGAGCUACAUUUGUGGCAGCCGGUGACUUGGAGCCUAAGAGCGGUGAAAUCCUUGAAGUGAUCAUACAACACCCACCUCCAGAAUAUAGAACAGACCGCACGCUCUCACAGGAUCUUUUGAUAAGGAUCGUCGACAAUGCGCGCGAUCAGAGUCGUUGGUAUGAUUCAUACCUCCCAGGCAAAUACUUCCAUGAAUGGGAAAUUGAUCGGCUACAAAGCGCCAGGGCAUGUUUGGAAGAGGUUGCUGUUCGGAAGAUCAAAUCAGUGCGAGGAUUGAGUGAUGGUGCUGGAGUGGCUGGUAUUAAGGUUGAAGCGAGGCAAGCUGGCCUACAUAUGAUCACGGAAGCUCUAGAGGCUUUUAAUUAA